AUUAUGUUCAAAGUCAAGAUUCUCCAAUUAUUUGAUUCCUUUGUAUUAAAUACUGUCGGCCCAUAUUAUAGGAGAAUUGGGAAAAGCUUCCUAUCAUAAGGAAAUGAUAUGCUUGGAAGCGAAGCUAGCGAUGAUCGUUUAGUGUAAUGUUUAAGACAAGUCUAAUCUAAUGGUCAAACUCCCUAAAUCAGCGAAGCAUUAUUUACUGCUCCUAAUUCAGUUUUAAUUGGGAAUGUUAUAUUAAAGCAGAAGUAUUUUUUAGAUUUCAUUAUUAGCUCGUCUGUUUGGUAUGGUGCCACUUUGCGUGCUGAUCAAAAUUCAAUAACAGUGGGCAAAAAUGCUUUAAUUUAAGACAAUGUAUAUGUCAAAGCAACAUAACCAGUGUCCUUAGGAAAUAACUCUUAUGUAGGACCAAACUCUAAUUUAUAAGGAUGCUUAAUUGGAGAGGAUGCAUUUAUUGGAAUGGGAUCUACAAUUAAAUAAGGUGCUACUGUUUAAGGAAUUGUUGCUGCAGGGUCUCUUGUCUCAGAAGGCACUCAAAUUAAAUAAGGAGAAGUCUGGGCUGGAUCUCCUGCCAAAUAUUUAAGAGACAUCACUCCUUAAGAAAUAUAAAUCCUUAGAGAAUAUAAAUAAGAAUUAUUAGAAUUAGCUUAAGUUCAUGGUGAAGAAACAUCUAAGGGUUUCAGACAAGUAUUUUCAUUAUAUAUUUUAGAUUAUUGAUGAUACAGAUGAAAGAUUAAUAAAAUAACAAAGAGGAAGUGAAGAAGAGGCACUUUAAAAAAUUGCUGAAUUGAACUUCCCUUUAGAAUAUGAAGACGAAGAAUUUAUUGAAUAAAGAGUCUUUAUGAAACAAUAACCACCUAUGUUUAUGGACUCUGAAAAUCUUUAAAGUCAACAAGAUUAAUAUGAAUAAGAUCUAAAUUCAUUUUCUGAAAGUAUUAUAUCCAAUCAUUUUAGAUAUGUAAAAAUAUAAUGAGGAUUAUUAAAUUUAUGAAGAGGCAAAAAAAUACUUUGAGUAAAACCCACAAGCCAAAGCCAAUCAAUUCCAACCAAAAUCUGAAAUUCCUGAUGAUUAACCAUGGAGCAGAAAAUAUUGAUCUAUCAAACAUCAAAUAAAAAAUUACAUUAAAACUAUU